AUUUCCAGCAUCUGCAGUAUUUUGCUUUUGGCUGAAAUGUUAAUUGGGCUAUACUACUGAAGAUGGAGGUCCAGAGCAUAUGGAGUGCACUUAGUAGAAGGUUGAACUGGUGGAGCCCAGCAAAGUAUCUCAGUCAACCUAAACAUUGGCAUUUCAAGAUGCAAAUAGGGUUUACAGACUGACAAACUUCCUUUCCAGUGGAUUGUGCCCAGGAUAUGGACUCCCAUUGUUAGAUCAGCCUGAAUGGAAUUGGAAGCGAUGUUGAAAUGCAAGCUGGUUCCUUUGUAUUCCAUUAGUCUAGCCCUGUUUUGAUACCAAGUGAAAUUAUGGCAGAGGAUUGUGAUCGUGCUCCAUCUCUUGAUGAUUUGUUUGACAUUUUGUCUGAAGUCACAGAGAAAAGACUGUUGAGCCUGUGGUAUAAGUUCAAUCCUGACAACUCAAGUGCUUCAAGGGUUCACCGACUCCUGUACAGCAUCGUAUUAUUCUUCUUGAAAAAGAAAGAUGAGGCUGAGAGAGCAGCAAGGUCAGUAUUAAAUGAGAUGCCAGCUAACAGAUCUGCUUUGUACAUCUUUAAUAAAAUUCGAGGUUCAACAGGUAGUGCAGUCGGAGAAGGGGAAGCAUCUGAAAUGUCAAAUGCAGAGUUUGCUGCAGAAGAUGGUAGUGUUCUUGCAGACCUGGCUUCGAUGCUUGCAGUGCUUGUGGAAGAAAAUCUGUGCAAGCCCUCAGUGAGGAACCAGGCCUGCCAAGCUGCCAUCAGAGCAUUCAAGUCCAACAAUCAAGACCAUAGUUUGGAUCUUCGGGAACUCAUUGAAGGAUUUAGGUUGCAGUUUGGUCCUCUGGACUUUGAAGAUGAGGAGGAGAAUGCUGAAGUAUCACCUCUGAAGUCAAUUGAAGAGCCAAUUCUGAGUAUGAGAUCAACUGUUGCAUGCAGGACCAAUCCAAUGACCGUCCCAAGUCAAAAACCGACAGACUCAUUUAACACUUCAGAAAUUACGAUACCCAGCCAUUUUGAAAUCAGUGCAUCUCCUACGGCAUCAUUCAUUUCCAAUUCAUGUAGAGACAAUUUAAACUCCUCAAUAGUAAACCCUGAAGAGAACGCAGUUAACCCUGCCAAUUCCACCAAUGUAUCUUUGAAUAAUUAUAAUAAUGUAUUGAAUUUACCGUCUGACGAAUAUUGGGGAAGGGAGAAAGUGACCCACAGCACUGGGGCUCGGUGUGGAGAGCAGGACAAUGUUGUCACAGUUUAUUCAACUAAAAGUUCAUCAGGAGCCAAAGUGAAUGAAGUGAGACCAACUGAAUGUACUGUAAAAACAAGCAGUAGCCAGGUAGUUACUUCAAAGUCAAAAAUGUCAGGAAAUGUAGAACAUGCCAAUUCCAUAUCACAUGAUCCUUCAGUGGGAGUGACCAAGCUGUCAGUAGGCGACCAGCCUAACUCUUCGGAAACCAGGUCUGGUAAAUUCAGCCCUCCUAAGGCAGUGGAGGAGAGCUUUGAGAACAAAUUUUACCCUUUUGUUAUCUUGCAUGCCCCAGAGGAUAUGGAAAUUGCAGAAAAUAUGCAAGUUAGACUGGAAUCAUUAGUGAAUGUGGAGGGUGCAACGUUUUUUGAGGAAUUUUCUCUCCCAGGGCGGUCUCCAAUAAAGUGUAUUGAAGAUGCAAUUAACAACUCUGCUUUCACAAUCCUCCUCCUCACAAACAAUUUCAAAAGUCGUUGGGAAGAGUACAAGACCAAUAUUGUUCUGAUAAAUUCGAUCAAUAAUGAGUACAAGCAUAAUACAGUCAUUCCACUGCUACCGAAGAUGAGUCGGAUGCCUAAAGAGGGCAUCCCUUUUGCACUGAGUGCUAUUAAUAGUCUCGAUGAGAAUUCCAGACAUUUUGAAAGACAUGUAAGAAGGACGUUUACUUCGGUAGUACUUGAGAAGCAUAAAAAAUUUUGGCUUGAGGAACAAAGGCAAAAACAGAUUCAAGAAGAAGAAAAUCAGGUCAAAAAUGACCUUCAGAAUGCCUGGAAAACUCUAUCAGCUCAAAGGAAUUAUAUGCAAUUAUACGCUCAACUAACUCAGAUGCAACAAUUUGCACAUUCUUCCUAUCCAGGACCUGGCACAGCUAUUGGACACACAUACCCCAUGCUAAACCCACCACUGCAUCCAAACUUCCCUGUAUUUCCACCUGGCAUUAAUCUUCCUUUACCAUCGGUGUUACCGAACCAACCAAACUUUAACCCACAGUCUGCCUUCUACUCAUAUAUGCAACCACCCUUAUGCAAUAGCCAAGGAGGUCAAAAUGUAACUGUCAGUAGUUCUACACAGCAGCAAAGCCAAGGCACUAACAUAAUCCAGAUUCAGCAUGCCAGAAACGUACAGAUAGGAGAUGCCAACCAGAUGACAAUAACAGAAUCCAUUGAGAGCAGUGAAAGCACAGAUGGUGAAGAGGAGGUGGUUAAUGACCACAAUUAGAUGUUUUAAAAGUUAUUUUUGAUCAAUGGAAAAAUCACAGGCCAGCAGAAUUGUGGAUUCUGGUAAAGCUACCUUCUGAAAAUGAAAACAAAUGUAAAAUGUAUAAUUUUCUUGGUAACAAUGGCUGCACAGAAAUGCUCUGAUACGUCAGCAGUCGAAUCAAUUUUUAUUACAUGGGGUAAUUUGCCACACCAGGUCCCUGCUUAAUACAUAGUCUGAGCUUACCUCUCUAAUUGCUGCAAGGCUUUGACAGGGAAGUUGCAACUGACCUCAGCAACCCUGAGCUGCUGCAGUGUAGUCAAGCCCAAGCUACCUGCUCCUGAUUGGCCCUGACGUAUAUGAAUAUAAUUGACAAUGCAGUGCUGUUCCCUGCUCCUCCACCAUAAUCAAAUGCUCUUUGUUUAAGCAGAGUGGUCACUUGGUCUUAGAGGAGAGGAAUGGGAAAACACCAUUCACAGAGCUGCACCUGUGUGAGUUAAUACUGUAAUAACGACGACUGGGUCCCUCAGUGGAAAAAUAAGAGAAUUGCAAGAACCAAUGGUGACAUGAGGAAAAAUCUUUUUAACCAGCAAGUGUUUAGGAUCUGGAUUGCACUGGCUAAGAAUGUGCUGGAGGCAGGGUCAUUCAUGGAUUUCGAAAGAGAAUUAGAUAAUUUUUUUAAAUUAUUCAUUCACGGGAUGUGGGCAUAGCUGCCUAGACCAAUAUUUAUUGCCCAUCCCUAGUUGCCCUUAAGAAAGUGGUGGUGAGCUGCCUUCUUGAACUGCUGCAGAUUACCUGAAUUGAAUGGACAGGGGAGUGAGCCUAGCUAGGUUGCUCUUGCAGAGACCUAGCACAGACAUGAUGGGCCAAAUGGCCUCCUCCUUUGCUGUAACCAUUCUAUGUUUGCAACAGUAACUACACUUCAAUAAUAUUAUACAUUAUUACUGUAUAAUAUUAACUCACAUUUAAACCAAAAAAACUGAGCUGAAAGUGGGUGGAGUUGUUAAUUGUUGACAUUAGUUAUCUGACUUUGGGCUGCUGACUUUCAAAUUUUCCCAAUGACACAGUGGGCAAAGGUAAUGCUGAUGUAGUACUAAGCUAAUUAUCUGAAGAGAAAACAUUUGCAGGGCUACAGGGAAAGGGCAAGGGAAUGGGCCUAGGUAGGUUGCUCUUGCAGAGAGCCAGCACAGAUAUGAUGGGCCAACUGGCCACCCCUUUGCUGUAACCAUUCUAUGAUUACAACAGUAACUACACUUCAAAAGUACUUCAUUGGCUGUAAAGUGCUUUGAGAUGUUUGGUGGUCAUGAAAGGCACUACCUAAAUGCAAGUUUUCCUUUCUGUUUUCUGCUUUGGGGGAGAGAUAGGGACACAAAGUGUGUAUGAAAGAUGAAGGGCAGGUAGAGAAACUUUUGUGAGUGAGAAUAUGAGGAGAGAAAAAUGGGGGGAGAUUGUGGGGAACAGACAGAGAGAGAGUGCACGGGUUCAAUGAGGAAGAGUGAAGAGAAAGUCUGGGGAGGGAGAGACUGAAAGAUUCUGAGUUUUGUGAUUAACUAACCUUGGUAGUUUCAUCAUGAGGACUACAGUAGCUUUAAUUAAUUCCUAAAAUAGAACUAGUUAAAAUUAUUUACAGAAUCCUUUAUAUUUUCUUGGUCUUUUUUCAUUGAAACACACAGUUAACAUUAUUGCUAUAUAAUAUUAACUCACACUUAAACCUUAAAAAACUGAGCUGAAAGUAGGUGGAACUGUUCAUUGUUGUCACUAGUUAUCUGACUUUGUGAAAAUUUUAAAAUCAGCAGUCUAAAAACGCAGUGGGUGAAGGUAAUGCCUGGUGUACUACUGAGCUGUGCAGGGCAGGACAUUUUAGCUUUGGCUUUUCUCUGUGCCUUUCUGGAGGUGCUCACUCCCUUUCAGAGGUACAUUUCAAAGUCGGUGUUUGUCUGGCCCACGUCUCUGUUUUUGUUGUACUAAGGCAGCAAGUCUGUCCACUGUGGGAAAACAUUACAGCUGAACCCAUACCUAAUGUGACCCAGUGCCCACAUAGGAUGGAGACAGUUAGGGAGUGAGAGUAGUUGGUUUCUGUCAAUGGAGAUCAAGGGAUACAAUUGGAAGAAAAAAAAUCACUUCAGCCUCUGAGAUGCACAGGUUUCAUUUUUAAUCUAGCAUGCAAAUUUAAAGAAACGAUGUUCCCUCUGACAAUUAGAAUUCAAGUCUCUUUAACAGCAAUAUCGAAUCCUGCAUAAGGUAAUAAGUUUCUUCUUUAGUCGUUUAUCCAAAAAACUUUUUUAUUGAAUUUUACCAAAAAUUAUUACAAUCAAUUCUCCACAGUCUUUGAGUUAAUCGGAAGUCGAUUUCAUUUACUGAAAUUUCCUUGUCAUAUUUCUUGACCAUUCACUGAAUUGUCAGAAACUUGUUGAGGGAACAGCUAAUAAAUGAUGGAUAAAAUGGAUAUAAGAACUUGCAAUUGGUUAAGGACUGAACAGUAUUGUUAGUCUCUGCUAAGCCAAUUUGUUUGUUUUAAUCCAGCAGUUGACAUUCUGACACUGAGAUUGACACCAUGCAUGUGCAGUAAGCACUCCCCCUAUUGUUGCAGCACAAAUAAACUCAGCUAUAAAAUUGUGGCCUUGAAAUUGCAUUGUGGGACAGUUGCUAUGAGCAUUUAACCUAUGGCUUGACACCACUGCUAAAAUAAUGGUGAGGGGAAUUUCAGAUAAAUGGGUCAAGCUUUUGCAUGCUGAUAAUCUCAAGGCCAAUGUGUUUUUGGAAGUUUUUUAAAAAAGGCAACUGGAACCACACUCCGGCUCGACCAGUAAUUGAAAGAAAAAAAUCUCCAGUGGGUUUUGACAUAAAAGUUGCAUCUAAAAUCUUAGUUUUCUCUCUUUCACCUGCAGAUUUCUGGCACUUUUUCAGCAUAAAAAGUCAGAUUUCACAUUCCACUUGCUUCAUAAAUAGUCCUGGAUGAGCUGUCAAAUGGAUACUGUCUCUCAAUAGCAAAUUAAAAUAAUUCUAUAUUUUGCAAAAAUGUAGCUGCAUUUGUUGACUAUUCAAAUUCUAGGCUGUCUACCAGUGAUAAAAAUUUACUGAAAAGUU